UUUCUCCUUUCAAAUUGUCCUUUAGUCUAUACUUUGUGUUUGUUGUUACUUGUGUAACGCGUUGACUCCACCCAAGUUCUAAAGCAAGUUAUAACGUUUAUUUAAAGCGUUUUUUUUUACAAAUAAGAGAUGAAGCAACGAAGUUUAGCGGGUAACUGUGGCAUUGCAGUGUUUGUCAUUGCCCUUGUGACUGUGGCAUUGGCAUUCGGUACGCCGAAUUGGCUAGUCAGCGACUCUAGGAUACGAGGUGCUAAAAUGGAACGCCUUGGUCUUUGGAGUCACUGCUUCAGAUCAUUACCUGAUCCCUUGGACCAAUACCAAAGACGAUUCUUUGUUGGAUGUCGGUGGGUUUACGACCCAUUCACGACAGGAUACGACAAAAUACGCGGCUAUUUGCUUCCAGCAUUCAUGAUAGCAACCCAGUUCUUCUUCACCAUAUGCCUCAUCGGUGUUCUGAUAUCAAUGAUAUUGGUUUUAAUAUUCUUCCUCUGCUGCGGACCGGAGCAGGGCCGAUAUGAAUUACUGAUCAAGAGUAUAGGAUGUAUUAUGUUAACUGCAGGAAUAAGUGGAUGUAUAGCAGUCAUUGUUUUCGCCUGUACGGGGAACACUGAUGGAUGGAUGCCGGAUCACGCGAAUAAUUAUUUAGGUUGGUCAUUCGGUUUGGGAGUAGUAGGAGCUGUUGCAUGUUUAAUAACAGGUGCAUUAUUCCUGACGGAGGCAAACAUACAGAUUAGGAAGAGAAGGAGAUUUAAGGAGUCCCAAGCACGAUUCGAGUUGGAGGAGGAGUCGAAAGCAUAGUGCCUUUAUUAUGUAAGGAAAAUUUAGUGUCUACUAAUCCGGCCAAUUUUUCUUAUAAAAAACGGUCUAAAUGUACUGUUUUAACUAAAGUACAUCUGUCUCUUUUUAUCACAGCGUAAAUACAAUGUGAUAGAAGGGGACGAAAGAGUGCUCUAGUUAUCAGAAUGCAAUUUAGACUUAUCUAGUUAUUACGAACGAAGUAUUUUAUAAUGACCACCAAAACACUUGAUUUUAUAUUAUUAAUCGCCUUCCGCUAUCUCCAUCGACAAAAAUAUUUAGCUAAACGCAAAUCAAUCACUCAGCCCGCCAUUUUGCAAACAGAAAUACGCGCGCAAAUUUAACUUCACAUGUCAAAUGUUUUAGAACUUGACAGGUGACAGCAUUGUCUAUUACAUAAUGUUCAGUUAAUAUUAUUAUAUCAUACAUAGACAUUUAUAAGGUAGCUAGUCCCAUAGUGCCAGAGUGCGAAUCAAUAUUGUUUAAAUAACAAAAGUGUAUCAUAUAUUUUAUACACUACGUAAUAUUAUAUUAAUAUCCCUGAGUAACAUAGACUAUAUCUAAUAUCUAUGUAAUAAAAGGGUGCGUUUACUUAUGUACGCGCGUAAGAAGUUAUACUUCUUUGGCAUUAUUAAAAAUAGUUUUUGAUUGCAUGCAAAUAAUUAAUUACAAUUAAAUAAUCAAAGAC